AACAACACGUAAACAAAAACAACAAUUUUCAUCGAACACGUCAAAUACACAAUCAAACGAAAUUUUGAACAAAAAUUAAGCUUUUAUCCGAACAAAUUAACGAAAUUCACCAUGCAGGAGUCCGACGUUCAUAUCGAUGUGAGCGGUGAUAUGGAACCACCAAGAAAUGAAUCUAAAAUCGGUUUUAAUAUGUCUACACUUACCAAUUUCGCACGCAUACCAAGUCUGUGGGAAUUGCUACGCAUAACGCGCCAGAACGUACGCCCAUGGUCGGAAUUCUUGCAAACGGCCAACUUUAAAACCGUCGCCAACAUCCCGAGACUGACCAACCGGAUCAUACGCAAUUUAGCGUAUUUUCAGAGUAACUAUCUGUUUGUAUUUCUUGGGUUAAUUGUUUAUUGUUUAUUGACAUCACCACUGAUUCUAAUAGUUUUGGGAGCCGUUCUUUACGCGUGCUACAAAAUCAAACAAGCCAAUGCUCCAGUUGCCUUUUUCUCUCGUCAGCUCAACACCAAUCAACAGUGCAUUGCGGUGAAUAUAGCUUCGAUUCCACUGCUGUACCUAGCUGGCGCCGGAGCCGUCAUGUUUUGGGUACUGGGGGCUUCCUUCUUUUUAAUUUCAAUACAUGCGGCCUUCUACAAUAUCGAUGCAAUCGUCACCGAAGAUACAGAAACGUUCCUAACUGAAACGGUUUAAGCCAAACGCUAGGAGAGCUCAGUAAUCGGAAAGUACGUCGUGGAUUUAGGUCAAUUGAUUCGAGGUUGUCAUCUUUUAUGUUUGAUCAAGAAGUCCACAUAUAAGUUUUUUUUUCUGUUGCACAUAUUAACACGUUUGUCAAUCAAUUUGCAAUUGGUUUUUGUGUGAAACUAUGAAUAUGGCAGUAAUUUUUAACGGAAAUAAUUAGCUGACUGUCCACUCAUUAUACAUAAUCAAUUUUGAUAUAAAAAACAUUGCAAUUUGAAACCACUUUGUACUAAGUACAUAACGAAUAUUAUAUGACGAUAGAAUAAACCCUUUUGCUGUAUGAAGGUUAUUUAUACAUUAUGCUUUCCCUAAAAUUUAAUAUCGCCUAUUCUUGUUUUAUAAAUUUUCCCCCUUUUCGAACGCGAUGAAUUAUAACCGUCGUGGACGAAAUCGUCGCGAGUCAAAUCUCAAUUAUUUUGUCAAGUAAUCAACAGUUUAUGUGCUAGUGAAACAAUCAGCAAUACGUUUAGCUCACUCACUUUCAAGCUGUCGAACGUUUGUGCAGCGUGUUUUGUUACCUACGGUACGGGCAAUAUGAAAGUCGUCUUCUGACAAAAAAGAAAAUGAAUAAAAAUAUACGAAUUUUCUUAGA